AUGGAUCCACAAGGGCAUAACCAACCCCAAUCUAUGGGGAUGGUAGGCAGUGGAGCUCAAUUGACAUAUGGUACUAACCCAUAUCAGCAUAAUCAGAUGGUUGGGAGCCCAAAUCCGGGGUCAGUUGCCGGAACAGUGGGAGCUAUUCAAUCAACUAGUCAAUCUGCUGGAGCUCAGCUUGCACAACACCAACUUGCUUAUCAGCAUAUCCACCAGCAGCAACAGCAACAACUUCAGCAACAGCUGCAAUCUUUUUGGGCGAAUCAGUAUCAAGAAAUUGACAAGGUAACUGAUUUCAAGAACCAUAGCCUUCCCUUAGCAAGGAUCAAAAAGAUUAUGAAGGCUGAUGAGGAUGUGAGAAUGAUAUCAGCUGAGGCACCUGUAAUAUUUGCCAGGGCAUGUGAAAUGUUUAUAUUGGAACUGACAUUGCGGUCUUGGAAUCAUACGGAAGAGAAUAAGCGGAGGACACUUCAGAAGAAUGACAUUGCAGCUGCAAUCACAAGGACUGAUAUCUUUGAUUUCUUGGUAGACAUUGUGCCAAGAGAGGAUCUGAAAGAUGAGGUCCUUGCAUCAAUUCCAAGGGGAACAGUUUCUGUAGGAGGGCCGGCUGAUGCACUUCCAUACUGCUACAUGCCGCCUCAGCAUGCGCCUCAGGUUGGGGCUCCUGGGAUGAUUAUGGGUAAGCCUAUGAUGGACCCAUCUAUGUAUGCUCAACAGUCUCACCCUUAUAUGGGUCAGCCAAUGUGGCAGCAGGCACCGGAGCAGCAGCAGUCACCAUCAGAUCAUUAG